GGAAAGUAAAAUAAAGGAGUGGUUUAAACACUCAAGAGGUCCAUCCAUCCCACCAACUCCAAAAAUAUCAUGCCUGUCACGCUUCAAUCUAAUUGGGAAUCUGCUUAUUUUUAGCAUGCUUAAUUUUUAUUUUUCCUUUACCAAAGUAGGAAAUUUGAGUCUGACAUAGUCAUGACUGAGUAUGGUGGUGGUGCUGCAAGGCUGGUUCUGCCUAUAGACUUGAAGAAGAAAGCAUGGGAACAGAAACAUGUCCUCCACAACCGGUGGCACCCAGAUAUACCUCCGGUUGCGGAGGUUAGAGCUAGGGAGGUUUUUAGAGUUGAGAUGAUGGAUUACAGUGGCGGUGGCAUCACGCGCGAUUACUCUGCAGAUGACAUCAAACAUGCUGAUCAAUCCAUUGUGCAUUAUCUCAGUGGGCCGAUCAAAGUUGUGGACGAGGAUGGAAUUCCAGCCAAGGCAGGAGAUCUUCUUGCAGUAGAAAUAUGCAACCUGGGUCCUCUUCCAGGAGAUGAAUGGGGUUACACAGCAACAUUUGACAGAGAAAAUGGAGGUGGUUUUUUAACUGAUCACUUUCCUAGUGCAACCAAAGCUAUUUGGUAUUUUGAAGGAAUUUACGCCUACUCUCCUCACAUACCUGGGGUACGAUUCCCAGGUUUAACUCACCCUGGAAUUAUUGGAACUGCACCAUCAAUGGAACUCCUGAAGAUAUGGAACGAAAGGGAAAGAGAACUGGAAGAAAAUGGUCUCCAAUCACUGAAACUCUGCGAGGUCUUGCAUUCACGACCAUUGGCAAACCUACCAUCGACCAAAGGCUGCCUUCUUGGAAAAAUCGAAGAAGGCACACCUGAAUGGGAAAAGAUUGCUAGGCAGGCAGCAAGGACAAUCCCAGGACGAGAAAAUGGAGGAAAUUGUGAUAUCAAAAAUCUCAGCAGAGGUUCAAAAAUAUACCUUCCAGUAUUUGUAGACGGAGCGAAUCUUAGUACGGGUGAUAUGCACUUCUCUCAGGGUGAUGGUGAAGUCUCAUUCUGCGGGGCAAUUGAGAUGAGUGGCUUUCUAGAGCUCAAGUGCGAAAUUAUAAGGGGUGGAAUGAAAGACUAUCUUACACCAAUGGGGCCAACUCCUCUUCAUGUAAAUCCAAUCUUUGAGAUAGGCCCAGUUGAGCCACGAUUCUCGGAAUGGUUGGUGUUUGAGGGGAUCAGUGUUGAUGAGAGUGGAAGGCAGCACUACCUUGAUGCGAGUGUUGCUUACAAACGUGCAGUUCUCAAUGCAAUUGAUUACCUCUCUAAAUUUGGGUACUCCAAAGAACAGAUGUAUCUUUUGUUAUCAUGCUGCCCGUGCGAAGGAAGGAUCUCUGGAAUAGUCGACGCUCCCAAUGCGGUUGCAACCCUUGCAAUUCCUACAGCUAUAUUUGAUCAGGAUAUUCGUCCAAAAUCCAGCAAGGUGCCAGUUGGGCCCCGAUUAGUAAGAAAACCAGAUGUCCUCAAAUGCAGUUAUGAUGGAAAUUUGCCCAUCACAAAGAACCCUGGUUCGGGAGCAUAACAAGGGCCAAGGGCACCAAGUAAAAGAAACAGACACUUUGGAUACAUGAUGCAUAGUAGCAUUUAUGUCUAGAUCCAUUUGCGGAUGGAGGCACUAUAUAGUGGCUAUAUGAUCUCUGUUUUCUGGUUUGUAAAGCAAACAACCAUACUU